GCAUGUUUUAAUUGUUAUUUGGAUUAAAUAAUUAAUAAAUAGUUAAAUUUCUGUGACUAUGUCUGACUACGAUCAUGCACGCAUCAAGAAACUAGUUUUGAAGGGCGAAAAACAUAAGAAAAGCAAAAAGCGAAAGAAGGAUAAGGAUGAGGCGGGAUCUUCCAAAAAGCCCAAGAUUGUGGUGGAUCAGGAUGCAGUGGAUCAUGGUGGCUGGUGGGCAGCAAAGACAGCUGCUGACAUAAUGGGAACUGUGUCCAUUGAGUUUGGCGAUAGAUGUUACCUGAAAGCCAUGGAUAAUGGUCUUUUCACGUUAGGAGCACCUCAUAAUGCUGGUGAUGGUCCAGAUCCUGAAGAGAUUUUCACCGUCUUUCUUAUCAACGACCGAAAGGUAGCCUUUAAAUCCGGCUAUGGCAAGUACUUGAAAAUCGAAAAAGAUGGCAUGGUAACAGGACGAUCCGAAGCGGUGGGCAGCAUGGAACAGUGGGAGCCCGUUUUCGAGGAAAAACGUAUGGCCCUGCUUUCCGAAACCGGCCACUUUAUGUCCAUCGAUCCCGAAGACGAUGCUUGUGUGGCAUUGCGAAAGAAGGUUGGGCAGUAUGAGAUCUGUAAAGUGCGGAGUAAUGCCACCAGGGAUGUUGUCAUCGAUACAGAGCCCAAGGAAGAAAAGGGGGACUUGAACGAAGUUGAAAAGAAUUACGUAAAAAAAUUCCAAAAGUUCCAGGACAAGAAGAUGCGGAUUAAUCAAAACGAUGUAAAAGAACUCGAAGAUGCCAAGGCUCAGGGCUCCCUGCAUGAAACGCUUUUGGACAGACGCAGUAAAAUGAAAGCCGAUCGGUAUUGCAAGUAAAC